UAUUAUUUUCAUUCUCAAUUUUGCAAGAAACGCAAGAUUUUGCUUACUUUUUUCUCACUUCUCCUCAAUUCUCACCAACUCUAAAAAUUUCUUUAAAUUUUAAUUUUAAUUUCACAUUCUUGAAUCUGAUGCUUAAUUAGCAGUACUUCAAAUUAAUGGCGGAUUUAUAUUCUUGCACCAAUUCCAUAUCAACCAUCGGAGAAAUUCCGCUGGAAAUUAUCAAUUUAUUCGACAAAUACGAACUCGGCAAGCUUCUCGGCUGCGGCGCCUUCGCCAAGGUCUACCACGCGCGGAAUGUCCGUACCGGCCAGAGCGUGGCCAUCAAAGCCGUCAGCAAACAGAAAGUGAUUAAGGGCGGUUAUAUGGCGCAGGUUAAGCGGGAGAUUUCUAUCAUGCGCCGGCUACGUCAUCCUAACGUCGUUAAACUUCUAGAAGUUUUAGCGACGAAGACGAAGAUUUAUUUUGUCAUGGAGUUCGCUAAAGGAGGCGAGCUUUUUACUAAACUCGCUAAGGGACGGUUCAGUGAGAAUCUCAGCCGUCGGUAUUUUCAGCAGCUGAUCACAGCCGUUGGUUACUGUCACGCGAGAGGCGUGUUCCAUCGUGACUUGAAGCCAGAGAAUCUUUUAUUAGACGACAAUUGGGAUUUGAAAGUCACGGAUUUCGGACUCAGUGCGGUUCAGGAUCAGGUCCGACCCGACGGGCUGCUCCACACUUUGUGCGGUACGCCGGCGUACGUGGCGCCGGAGAUUCUCGCUAAGAAAGGCUAUGACGGUGCUAAGGUGGAUAUCUGGUCGUGCGGUAUCAUUCUCUACGUUCUUAUCGCCGGUUAUUUGCCGUUUAACGACACUAAUCUCAUGGGAAUGUACCGGAAAAUCUACAAAGGUCAGUUUAAAUGUCCGAAAUGGACGUCGCCGGAGCUCCGGCGACUCAUGUCACGGCUCCUUGACACGAAUCCGGCGACUAGAGUCACCAUUGACGAGAUUGUGAACGAUUCGUGGUUUAAAAAAGAUUACAAACAAACAAAUUUUCAGUUGGAUUAUUUCGAAUCGAAGGCGCGUGAAGAACACCAACAGAAUUUGAACGCGUUUGAUAUAAUCUCAUUCUCCUCCGGCGUUGAUUUAUCGAGUCUAUUCGACGAGUCGGAUAUUUCCGCCAGCGGCGAGCGGUUCCUCUCCGGCGUGAAGGCGGCGAAAAUAAUUGAGAAGGUGGAGGAAAUUGCGGGACGUGAGAAUGUGAAGGUGAAAAAGAGUAAAAACUUGGGGGUAAAAUUGGAGGGGUUAAAUGGUAAAUUUGUGAUGAAUAUAGAAAUUUACCAAUUGACUGAGGAGUUAGUUGUAGUGGAAAUGAAAGGGAAGGAGGUUAAUGCAAUUGCUGGUCAGGAAAUUUGGAAAGAUAAAUUAAGGCCACAGCUUAGUUCUUUAAUUUAUCAACCAGUGAAUUAAUCUCUCAGAUUCUACAGAUUUUUAAAUAAUUUAAUUUUAAGUUGAAAAUUGUAUUUAGAUAAUUUUAAAUCUAAAUACAUAUCCGGGUUUAUUGUCAUGUUAAUAAUUUUUGCCCGGAGUAAAUUUUAUUUUACUGUUGUAAAUUAUAAAGAAAUGGAGAAAAAGAAGUGAUUUUCCAUGGUUUA